AUGGAGAAAAUACGCAAGUUUAACUUGAACAAUUGCGAUUUACCCACAAUGUUAGAUAAUAUGGAUUGUCUGUUGAGAAUUGCAAAUGUUAAGAUUAUGAAAAACAAUAACAAACCUAUCAACAUAUUGGUCUUGUUCCUAUGGUGGGCGAGCCUAAUAUGCUAUUACUACGCUUAUGUGUUCUCCAUGUUCUGGUUUGUGAUCGUGAGGUACCCGGAGACAGGGGACUUUGUCACCGCCUGUGUGAUGUUUUCACUAGUGGUUUGCAGCCAGCCAUCAUUUAUAACCAUGUUGUAUAUGAUAAUUUAUAAGAAGGACAUGCAAAAUCUUAUCGAGAGCUGCAUCAAAUUCAACAAACUGGUGAAGCCCGGAAACGCGUUUUCAAAGAACCUACACAUUCACUUAAGGUACAUCAAGAAGCGAGCGACUGUGGUGUGGGUCGCCAUGAUCGUCAAUGCGAUUUUUUAUGGCCUCAUUCCACUAGCGAUACCUGGGAGACACCUUCCCGAGGAUAAUCAUAUCAUUUAUGGACUGGAUCCAAUGUUCGUUUCGCCGAACUACGAAAUUGCAUAUGUAGUCAUGGGCAUAUGUGUGUAUAUUUGCGCUCUAUUCCUCGCGAACAUAACGGCGCUGAAUUUAGUCAUCCUCGGUUAUGUCGAAUCGCAGAUGAUCGCACUCAGUAAGGAACUACAAAACUUAUGGAGAAAUUCCGAGCUAUUCUACACCACCCACCAUGGACAUGGUAGUCACAACUCAAAAGAAAUUAUAAAAAAUGUUUUCAUUAAUGAAACCUUGAAAGAAAUCAUUUACUUUCACAUUAUGAACAUAAAUAUCAUUAAGGAGUUCGAGAGCGUAUUUCGUGUGACCAAGGCAGUUGAAUUUAUGUUCAUAAUUUUCUCCAUUAUAUCAGAACUAUUAGGAGGAGUCGAGAACACAAAUCUACAAAUCACCUGCACAUUUGUCUUAAUAUUCAUGGAAUGCCUCGCUGGGCAGAAAUUAAUAGAUGCUUCAACUGUGUUCGAAAGAGCUGUCUACAACAGUCAAUGGGAGAAUUUUGAUGUUGGGAACCAAAAAAUAAUAUUAUUGAUAUUGCCAAACACACAGAAGACGUUGAGAAUAACAGCAGGUGGAAUGGCAACACUGGAUUUCAGUUGUUUUCUGUCGGUCAUUAAGUUCAGUUAUUCUAUUUAUAAUACCUUGCGGUUAAAGGUUUAA